CGGAGAGAAGAGAGGGAGGAAAGUAGAUCUGCAGAAGUUGAGUGAGGAAAAAGUUUGCAACUCUGAACAGAAGGGAAAGCUUCUUUCUCUUCACCCAAGCCGACUGGCACAAUUGGAAAACCCGCUGACCCUCUCUGGCUCAAGCUUUCUCCCAAUAAAUCCUCAAGAUUAUGUCAAUCGGUCAGAGUCAGCCAGGGAUUUCGUGCUGGUGCUGAAGGAGCUGGAGGAGCCCGGGAAGAAUGAAACUGCGUGGAAUCAGCCUGGCAGCCAGCUUGUUCUUACUGGCCCUGAGUGUUUGGGGGCAGCCUGCAGGGGCUGCGGCUUGCUAUGGGUGUUCUACAGGAUCAAAGUGUGACUGUAGUGGUGUAAAAGGAGAAAAGGGAGAGACAGGAUUUCCAGGUUUGGAGGGCCAUCCAGGUUUGCCUGGAUUUCCAGGUCCAGAAGGGCCUCCAGGGCCUCCGGGUCAAAAGGGUGAAGAUGGAAUUCCAGGGCCAUUGGGAGCAAAAGGAAUCAGAGGUCCUCCUGGACUUCCUGGAUUUCCGGGGACACCAGGUCUUCCUGGAAUGCCAGGCCAUGAUGGAGCUCCUGGUCCUCAAGGUAUCCCUGGAUGCAAUGGAACCAAGGGAGAACGUGGAUUUCCAGGCAGUCCUGGUUUUCCUGGUUUACAGGGUCCUCCAGGAGCUCCUGGGAUCCCUGGUAUGAAGGGGGAACCAGGUAGUAUAAUUAUGGCAUCACUGUCAGGACCAAAGGGUAACCCAGGAUAUCCAGGUCCUCCUGGAAUGCAAGGCCCAGCUGGUCCAAUGGGAAUACCUGGGCCAAUUGGGCCUCCAGGACCACCAGGUUUGUUGGGCCCUCCUGGCCCACCAGGAUUGCCAGGACCAAAGGGGAAUAUGGGCUUAAAUUUCCAGGGACCUAAGGGUGAAAAGGGUGAGCAAGGUCUUCAGGGACCGCCUGGACCACCGGGGCAGAUCAGUGAGCAGAAAAGACCAAUCGAUGUAGAGUUUCAAAAAGGAGAUCAGGGAAUUCCUGGUGACCGAGGGCCUCCUGGACCUCCAGGGAUACGUGGUCCUCCAGGUCCUCCAUGUGGUGGGAAAGGUGAGAAGGGUGAGCAAGGAGAACCAGGCAAAAGAGGCAAACCAGGCAAAGAUGGAGAGAAUGGUCAACCAGGCAUUCCAGGUUUACCUGGCGAUCCUGGUUACCCUGGUGAACCAGGAAGGGUUGGUGAAAAGGGCCAAAAAGGUGACAUUGGUCCACCUGGGCCUCCUGGACUUGUAAUUCCUAGACCUGGGACUGGUGUCACUAUAGGAGAAAAAGGAAACAUUGGAUUACCUGGCUUACCUGGAGAAAAAGGAGAUCGAGGAUUUCCUGGAAUGCAGGGUCCACCUGGCCUUCCUGGUCUUCCAGGGGCUGCAGUUAUGGGUCCUCCUGGGCCCCUUGGAUUUCCUGGAGAAAGAGGCCAGAAAGGUGAUGCAGGUCCACCUGGUAUUUCUAUUCCGGGAUCUCCUGGACUUGAUGGGCAGCCUGGGCCUCCUGGUCUUCCAGGACCUCCUGGCCCACCAGGCCCUCACAUCCCUCCUAGUGAUAAGACAUGUGAACCAGGCCCUCCAGGUCCCCCAGGAGCACCAGGUGAUAAAGGACUCCAAGGAGAACAAGGAUUGAAAGGUGACAAAGGUGACACCUGUUUCAACUGUAUUGGAACUGGUAUUUCAGGGCCUCCAGGCCAACCUGGCUUGCCGGGUCUCCCUGGUCCUCCAGGGUCUCUUGGAGUCCCUGGACAGAAGGGUGAAAAAGGACAGGCUGGAGCAACUGGCCCAAAAGGAUUACCAGGCAUACCAGGAGCUCCAGGUGCUCCAGGACUUCCUGGAACUAAAGGAGAACCUGGUGACAUCUUCACUUUUCCAGGAAUGAAGGGUGAAAAAGGAGAGUUGGGUGCUCCUGGAGCUCCAGGGCUUUCUGGUUUACCUGGCACACCUGGACAGGAUGGAUUGCCAGGUCUUCCUGGUCCCAAAGGAGAGCCUGGUGGAAUUGCUUUUAAGGGUGAACGAGGUCCCCCUGGGAACCCGGGGUUGCCAGGUCUCCCAGGGAAUAUGGGACCUAUGGGUCCUGUUGGUUUUGGCCCUCCUGGUCCAGUAGGAGAAAAAGGCAUACAAGGUAUUGCAGGAAACCCAGGCCAGCCAGGAAUACCAGGUCCUAAAGGUGAUCCGGGUCAAACGAUAACACAGCUAGGAAAGCCUGGGCUGCCUGGCAACCCAGGUAGAGAUGGUGAAGUAGGUCUACCAGGUGACCCUGGGCUCCCAGGCCAACCGGGUUUGCCAGGAAUGCCUGGUAGCAAAGGAGAACCAGGUAUUCCUGGCAUUGGUCUUCCUGGACCACCAGGUCCCAAAGGUUUUCCAGGAGUUCCAGGACCUCCAGGAGCACCUGGGAUCCCCGGAAGAAUUGGUCUAGAAGGUCCUCCUGGGCCACCAGGCUUUCCAGGACCAAAGGGAGAGCCAGGAUUUGGGUUACCUGGGCCACCUGGGCCACCAGGACUCCCAGGUUUCAAAGGAACACUUGGUCCAAAAGGUGAUCGUGGUUUCCCAGGACCUCCAGGUCCCCCAGGACGCACUGGCUUGGAUGGGCUACCUGGACCAAAAGGUGAUGUUGGACCAAAUGGGCAGCCUGGACCAAUAGGACCUCCUGGGCAGCCAGGAAUUGGUGUUCAGGGACCACCAGGGCCACCAGGAAUUCCUGGACCAAUGGGUCAACCAGGCUUACAUGGAAUACCGGGAGAGAAGGGGGAUCCAGGACCUCCUGGAUUUGAUGUUCCAGGACCUCCUGGUGAAAGGGGCAAUCCAGGGAUCCCUGGAGCACCUGGUCCUUUGGGACCUCCAGGAUCACCAGGGCUCCCAGGAAAAGCAGGUGCCCCUGGAUUCCCAGGUGCCAAAGGUGAAAUGGGUAUGAUGGGACCUCCAGGCCCACCAGGACCUUUAGGAAUUCCUGGCAGGAGUGGUGCUCCUGGUCUUAAAGGCAAUGAUGGCUUACAGGGUCAGCCAGGACUUCCUGGCCCUGCAGGAGAAAAAGGUGGUAAGGGAGAACCUGGCCUUCCAGGCCCCCCUGGACCAGUGGAUCCAAAUCUCCUAGGCUCAAAAGGAGAAAAGGGAGAACCUGGCUUACCAGGUAUUCCUGGAAUUUCAGGACCAAAAGGCUAUCAGGGUUUACCUGGAGACCCAGGGCAACCUGGACUGAGUGGACAACCUGGAUUACCAGGACUACCAGGUCCCAAGGGUAACCCUGGUCUCCCUGGCCAGCCAGGACUUAUAGGACUUCCUGGACUUAAAGGAAACAUAGGUCAUAUGGGUUUUCCAGGUCCUCAGGGUGUGGAAGGACUCCCCGGACCUCCUGGAGUUCCUGGACAACCUGGCUCCCCCGGGUUACCGGGACAGAAAGGAGAUAAAGGUGAUCCGGGUGUUUCAGGCAUUGGUCUUCCAGGUCUUACUGGCCCAAAGGGUGAACCUGGUCUGCCCGGAAUCCCAGGGAACCCAGGUAUCAAAGGUUCUACGGGAGUUAUUGGUUUGCCAGGAUUACCCGGAACACCUGGAGCAAAAGGACAACCUGGCCUUCCUGGGUUCCCAGGAACCCCAGGCCUUCCUGGACCAAAAGGAAUUAGUGGUCUUCCUGGGAAUCCUGGCCUUCCCGGAGAACCUGGUCCUAUUGGUGGUGGAGGUCAUCCUGGGCCCCCAGGACCUCCAGGUGAAAAAGGAACACCGGGUGAAGAUGGUAUCCCUGGACCAGCUGGACAGAAAGGUGAACCAGGUCAGCCAGGCUUUGGAAUUCCAGGACCCCCUGGACUCCCAGGACUUUCUGGUCAAAAGGGUGAUGGAGGGUUACCUGGCAUUCCAGGAAACCCUGGCCUUCCAGGUCCAAAGGGUGAAGCAGGCUUUCAGGGUUUCCCUGGUGUACAGGGUCCCCCAGGCCCUCCCGGUUCUCCAGGUCCAGCUCUGGAAGGCCCUAAAGGCAACCCUGGGCCACAAGGUCCUCCUGGAAGACCAGGUCCUCCAGGUUUUCAAGGUCUACCAGGUCCAGAAGGUCCCCGUGGUCUCCCUGGAAAUGGAGGUGUUAAAGGAGAAAGGGGAAACCCAGGCCCACCUGGGCCCCCUGGCUUGCCGGGUUUGAAAGGAGAUCAAGGACCACCAGGAUUCUCGGGAAAUCCUGGUCGGCCAGGUCUCAAUGGAAUGAAAGGAGAUCCUGGUCUCCCUGGUGUUCCAGGAUUUCCAGGCAUGAAAGGACCCAUUGGAGUACCUGGUUCAACUGGCCCUGAAGGGGAACCAGGACUUACUGGACCCCCAGGUCCUCCUGGAUUACCUGGUCCUUCAGGACAGAGUAUUAUAAUCAAAGGAGAUGCUGGUCCUCCGGGGAUCCCCGGCCAGCCUGGUUUAAAAGGUCCACCAGGACUAUCAGGCCCUCAAGGCUUACCAGGUCCAGUUGGUCCUCCAGGGGAUCCUGGACGUAAUGGACUCCCUGGCUUUGAUGGUGCAGGAGGGCGCAAAGGAGACACAGGUCUGCCAGGCCAGCCCGGUGCCCGUGGUUUGGAUGGUCCUCCAGGACCAGAUGGGUUACAAGGUCCACCAGGUCCCCCUGGAACCACUUCAGUUGCCCAUGGAUUUCUCAUCACACGCCACAGCCAGACAGUGGAUGCACCACAAUGCCCACAAGGAACAGUCCAGAUCUCUGAAGGUUUUUCUCUCUUGUAUGUACAAGGAAAUAAAAGAGCCCAUGGUCAAGACUUGGGGACAUCUGGCAGCUGCCUCCGUCGCUUCAGUACCAUGCCUUUCAUGUUCUGCAAUAUCAAUAAUGUUUGCAACUUUGCUUCAAGAAAUGACUAUUCUUACUGGCUUUCUACUCCAGAGCCUAUGCCAAUGAGCAUGGAACCCCUGAAGGGUCAGAGCAUUCAGCCAUUCAUCAGUCGAUGUGUAGUAUGUGAAGCUCCAGCUAUGGUGAUUGCAGUUCACAGUCAGACCAUCCAGAUUCCUCAUUGUCCUAAGGGAUGGGAUUCUCUUUGGAUUGGUUAUUCCUUUAUGAUGCAUACAAGUGCAGGGGCAGAGGGCUCAGGUCAAGCCCUGGCCUCACCUGGUUCCUGUUUGGAAGAGUUUCGUUCUGCUCCCUUCAUUGAAUGUCAUGGGCUAGGAACCUGUAACUACUAUGCCAACUCCUACAGCUUUUGGCUGGCAACUGUAGAUAUGUUGGAUAUGUUCAGUAAGCCUCAAUCAGAAACACUGAAAGCAGGAGACUUGAGGACACGUAUUAGCCGAUGCCAAGUAUGCAUGAAGAGGACAUAACAUUUUGAAG